UUAGGUGUGUCUGCUUCAUAUGGGCUGGGCUCUCCUUAUUCACCAAGUAAGUCUGACUGAGGCACAUGCUUUCUUCCUGUGUCGGGAGUGACUCAGGUACAGGAGCUGAUAAAACCACCUAAGAAGAGAAAGUGAAGCACACUGGAAAGCCAGCUGCAAGCUCCCUGCUCUGCACCAUGCCUGUAUCCCCAGAAAUGACUUUGCACUGGCUGCUAACCCUGAGCUGCCUCUGUGUCUCUCUCUUCCUGCCUGCAGCCAUCGGUACCAACAGAAGAGAAGUCUGCGACUGCAAUGGGAAGUCCAGUCAGUGCAUCUUUGACAGGGACCUGCUCCGAGAAACAGGAAAUGGGUACCGUUGCCUCAACUGCAUUGACAACACAGAUGGCGUUCACUGCGAGAGGUGCAAGGAGGAGUACUAUCGCCAGCGGGAUGGAGAAAGCUGUCUGCCCUGUAACUGCAACCCCAGAGGCUCUCUUGGCCUGCAGUGUGAUAACUACGGCCGGUGCAGCUGCAAACCCGGUGUGAUGGGCGAUAAGUGUGACCGGUGCCAGCCGGGGUUCCAUUCCUUCUCAGAGGCUGGGUGCCAGGCAGGCGGACAAGUGUCGAGUGCUCAGUGUGACUGCAAUCCAGCCGGUAGCGCGGGGCAUUGUGUUUCAGGUCGCUGCGUCUGCAAGGCAAGUGUCUCGGGAGAGCGAUGUGACAGGUGCAAGCAGGGCUACUAUCAUCUGGAAGCAGGAAACCCCGAGGGAUGUUCCCAGUGCUUCUGUUAUGGCCACUCGGCCAUGUGCACUAGUGCAGAAAAUUACAACAUCCAUAAAAUCACUUCCACCUUCCAGCAAGAUGCUGAGGGCUGGAGAGGAGUGUAUGUGAAUGGGGCCCCUGUACAGCUCCAGUGGUCUCCCCGCCAUCGGGAUGUGUUUGUUACAGCCAGGAGAUCAGAGCCCACCUAUUUCCUGGCGCCGGCCAGAUUUCUUGGGAACCAGCAGGUGAGCUAUGGCCAGACCCUGUCCUUUGAUUAUCGCAUGGACCGAGGGGGUCGUCGUCCUUCUCCCCGGGAUGUGGUCCUGGAAGGAGCUGGCCUACGAGUCACUGCCUCCCUCCUGCCUCAUGGGAAGAUGCUGCCCUGCGGGAUCAGCAAGACAUAUACGUUCAGACUGGAUGAGCACCCGCGCAGUGGAUGGAGCCCCAAGCUGAGUUACUUUGAGUAUCGCAGGUUACUCGGCAACCUGACGGCCCUUUGGAUCCGAGCCACGUAUGGAGAAUACAGCACUGGGUACAUCGAUAAUGUCACCCUGGUUUCUGCACAGCCGACCUCUGGAGCCCCAGCUCCCUGGGUGGAACGAUGUGUGUGUCCUGCUGGCUAUCAGGGGCAGUUCUGUGAACGUUGUGCUCCUGGGUACAAGAGAGAUGCUUCCAACCUUGGGCCUUUCAGCACUUGCGUGCUAUGUAACUGCCAGGGGGGAGGAAACUGCGAUCCAGACACUGGAGACUGUUAUUCAGGAGAUGAAAACAUGGGCCCCAACGCCAACUGUCCAUUUGGUUUCUACAGACCCUGGAAUCUGCAGAGCUGCCAGCUGUGCCCUUGUAGAAAUGGCCAGGGCUGCUCAGUGGCGCCAGGGAGAAAGGAAGUCAUUUGCAAUAACUGCCCUCUGGGAGUCGCUGGUGCUAACUGUGAACACUGUGCUGAUGGCUAUUUUGGAGACCCCUUGGGUGACAAUGGCCGUGUGAGACCCUGCCAGCCCUGCCAGUGUAACAAUAACAUCGAUCCCAGUGCUGUGGGGAACUGUGACCAGCUGACGGGUGAAUGCCUGAAAUGCCUUUACAACACGGCUGGCUUCUCCUGUGACCAGUGCAGGGACGGGUUCUUUGGGAACCCCUUAGCCCUCAACCCAGCAGAGAAGUGUCAAGCCUGUAACUGCAAUUCGGUAGGUUCUGACCCCCUGAAGUGCAGAAGUGAUGGGAGCUGUGUUUGCAAGCCAGGAUUUGAGGGGCCCAACUGUGAGCACACACAGUGCCCAGCCUGCUACAGCCAUGUGAAAACACAGGUGGAUCAGUACUUGCAGCAGCUGCAGCAUCUGGAGGUUCUUGUGUCUCGGCUGCAGCUUGGCAGUGGGGCAGGGGCCAAUGAGGAGCUGGAGGGGAAGAUGCAACAGGCUGAGGAGACCCUGCGUGAAAUCCUGAGAGAAGCUCUGAGUUUACAAGCCUCUGACAAGUCCCUGGAGAGCCGGAUGUCCAAAAUGAAGGGACAAGAGUCCAGCUACCAGAGCCGCUUGGCCGACAUCAGGGUGACGGUGCAGAGGCUGCAGACGCUGGGACGUCAGUACCAGACCCAGGUGCAGGACAUUAGGAGGCUGAUUGAGAGAGCCCAUUUGGACCUGGGGCAAAGCAAAGUGACCCUGAGUGGGCUGAAUAUUCCAACUUCACACCUCCCUGGCGGGUCAAACAGUUUUUUGAUGCUGGCCCAAGAAGCUCUCAGACUAGCAAACAGCCACGUGCAAUCAGCAAAUGCCAUUGAACAGGCAGUCAGGGCGGCGGUGGAUGACUCAGGACAGGCCCUGGAGCUGGUGCGCUCAGCUGUGAGCGGAGGAGGCAUCGUGGCGAGCUCUGUGCAAGGGCUGCUGCAAAAAUACGAUGAAACCAAAUUGCUGGCCAGCGAGCUGGAGACUGAUGCCAGCAGAUCUGCCUUGGAUGCAGACAGGGCCUAUCAGGGCAGCCUGGUGCUCCUCAGCUCCAUGUCGCGCUUCUCAAAGAUUGAUACUGGGUCCUUCCAGGAGGAGGCAAACCGGCUCAGGCAGGAGGCAGACACUCUAAUGGGCUUGGUGGAGACGUACAUGGCAGAAUACAGGCGGCUGCAAAGCAACACUAGAAGCUGGGAGGAAGAAAUCAAACAAUUGUUACAGAGCGGGGAAAGCAAGAGGCUGGCUUCGAGUCAGCUGUUGUCCCGCGCCAACCUUGCCAAGAGCAGAGCACAGCAGGCACUGAGUGCUGGCAAUGCCACUUUUUAUGAAGUUGAACUCAUCUUGAAAAAUCUCAGAAGGUUUCACCUGCAGGUAGAUGGUAGGAGAAGAGAAGCUGAGGAAGCCAUGAGAAGACUCCCUCUCAUCAGCAAUAUGGUCACAAAUGCCAAUGAUAAGACUGGACGAGCAGAAGGCGCCCUGGGCAGUGCUGCUACAGAUGCAAAGACAGCCAGAAGCAUGGCUGGGGAGGCAAAGGAGAUCACUGGUGGUAUCCAGCAGGAGAUAAGGCGGUUGAACUUGGAAGCCAACAGGACAGCAGAUGGGGUCCUGGCACUGGAGAAAGGAGUCAUAUCUUUACUGAACGAAGCCAGAGAAGCAGAAAGGGAGCUCACGAGGAAGGCUCUGGAGGUCGAUAUGGAUGCCACCGCUGCACAGAAAACUGGUCAGGAGGCGCAGGGUGCCCAUGCCGGUGCCCGUACUGCUGAGGCUGCUGUCCAAGAGACACUGCGUGCCCUGGAAGACUUUCUACAUCUAAUGGACCAGCCUGGCCCUGUGGAUGAGCAGGCGCUGAGAUUGCUCGAACUCAACCUCAGCCAGGCCAGGACAAAGAACAGCCAGUUGAAAGAGCAGAUGGCUGAACUGGAGAAAACAGCCAGUCUGCAGAGGCUCCGGGUUCAGACUCUAGAGAGAAGCAUUAAUGAGAUCCUGGCAGACAUUAGGAACCUGGAGGAGAUCCGCAACAACCUCCCCCCAGGGUGCUACAACACACAUUCCAUUGAAAAUCCUUGAGACCUUUAGGAAGACUCUCUGGACUGGGUCUCUCAGGCUGUGGAUACUAGGCCAUGGCCUGAUGGGUCGUGGGGAAUGGGGAAGCCAAGCCUGCCAGGACCAGCUGCCUUUGGCUCUGCUGAGCUGAACACAGACCCUUUGGGUGCAGCUGGUCAGACUUGGUGUGGCAAUGUGCUGACGUUUGCCUCACGACAUUGCGUUUUGAUGCCAACAUCACCACAAGGUGCCCCUGAUCCGGGAAAGCCUGAUACUCUGCUAUCCGUCCUUGGAGUGCAGGAGGAAGGAAGGAGAGAUCUGGCUGCAUGAAGAAGCUGCUGGCCAAGAAGAGCCAUAGCUAGUAGGAGCCCAUCCCUAGAGUAUGGCCUGAGGAGGCAGCGGCACCCGGUUCAGCUUCUGGAGAGUCGCCAAACGAAUGUCUUAUAGAAGCUGAACUCUGACUCCUGUGGAUCUCCCUGUCCCUACCAAGGCCCUGACGCUUGGGCACAGCCAGCAGAACUUGCCACUCUCCUCCAAUGCCAGCACCUCUCUCAUUGCCUUUCACCACCCAACGCAGCAUUGGUUUCCCUUGGUGUAUUGCAAGACCCUUUCUCACCAGCAAUCCUUUCCGAACCCAGCAAAUGACAGGGACGGGUGCAGGACCAGGGAGGUCGGGGUUCCCUACUGCGGCACUGUCCUCACUGCCUUUCCAGUCUCGACACUGACACUAGCACUGCCUGUACAUCUGUUUUGUGCUUUAGACUUGUG